AUGGCCAAUCAGAUGCCUGAUAUAAAGGAAGCAUUUGGAAAAUACUCUAAUGAUGGGUUCCAUAUGAGUUCCGAUCAACUGCGAUUGUUCAUUGAGGAGUUGCAGGGCGGCGAUGGUGCCUCAAUUUCAAUGUAUCUAAUCGAUUCCCGAGUCUCCGUUAUCUUAUCCAACAUAACAAACUCCAUUGAAUAUGAUUUGACCGUUCAGGACAUCAUCUGUAAGUUUUCUAAAAAAGGUCUCACCCCAUCCUUGAUUGGCGUUAUUCUUCAUGAUCCCAUGGUAUUGCUCAGGGCUUGCUCUAGAAAUCCAAAAAGGAUUUAUACCACCUGA